CAUUUGCUCGCGGCAGAGUGAGCGAACGAGCGAAGAGGAAGAAUCUUUCGUCCUUGAAAAAGAGUAAAAGCGGCAGGUUUUUCCCUCCGGUUCCUCGUUUUGGUAGUAUUCCAUUGUUCCUACUCGAGCUACUACUCUACUUCCCAACGAAACAACCGAAGCAGCGGAUAGAACAACAAAAGAGGAGAGCAAGGAGAAGGAAUCAGAAGCAGCCGCCUACCCAGUGACGCAGAGCACCGCGGCCACCGCGGCGGGACGACAUGGGCGACGCCGCCUCCAACCAAGCUGUUCUUGCGGUGAGUGAUCUUGGGCAAUCGAACUUGGACGCCAGCCCGGUCACCGGCGCCGGAGCAGGCGGCGGCGGCGGCGGCGGAGGGUUCAUCGCCCUCGACGUCAGCGCCCUCUCCUCGCUCGCCAGCGAAGGCCAGGACACGGCAGCCGCGACGGCGACGGCGACGGCGGCGCCGCCGCGGACGCCGCGGACACCCAAGGUGGUGAGGUCGCUGUCGAGGAAGGGUGAAAGGAAGCCGGCCGCCGACGGCGACGGCAAUGGCGCCGCCGGGACAGGCAAGAGGCCCCCGCUGUCCCCGCUCUUCGUUCACGUGGCGGCCGCCGACGACAUGAGCGGUCUCCGGCCGGUCCACACGCCGGUGGCCGGCACGCCCGGAGGGAAGUCACGGCGGCUCGGGCGGCAGCCGGCGCCGUGGCUCGAUCCCCGGAGGGUGGUCUUCUUCUUCGCCACACUGUCAAGCGUGGGAACGUUGAUCCUGCUCUACUUCACACUCUCCAUGAGCAAGAUGGGCGGCGGCGGCGGCGGCGGCGGCAGCGAUGCUCGGUGAAACGCCGUCCGUUGAAAGCGAAGAAAAAAAAUUUUGUGUUCUCAACCCAAUCUGUAAAUGUCUUGAGGAGGCAUGAUGUUUUCUACAACGACUCAGGCAUCAAAAAGAGUGAUGCUCUCAAGGGUCACAAAGAAAGAAAUAUACAGAGUGAAUGGCAGUGAAGAGAUCAGGCUGGAACAGAGCCUGAUGGCGAAGUCUGUGGUGGUAGCUGUAUACUCUUCUCUGUUUCUGUCCUGAUUUCUUCAGUUAUUUUUUCUCUCCUUUCUUUUUGGCACAAACUAGUACAUCAUACAUGUCGCUUUGGAGCGAUGAUACUAGAUUUUUCAUCCUUGAUGUUGUUGCAAAUACACAAGCAAUCAAAGCAUACAGAUGGACACUGAUGUAUUUGAAA